AUGUUCAAGUUUUUCGCCCUUUGCCUGUUCGCUAUUGUUGCUUUGGCCGCAGCCAAACCUCAAUUUCUUACCACCUACAGUGCUGCCGGUGCUCCCUUAGUGGCUGCCACGCCCUAUGCCACCGCCUACACUAGCGGCCUGUACGCAUCACCCUACACAGCAGCUGCCUAUACACCAUAUGCCGCCGCCGCCUACAGUGCUUAUCCCUACAGCUCCCUCUACCUAAGACGUUAA